AUGGCACGUACAUCAUUAUCAAAUGCCUUGGACAAUAAGACACCUGAGAGAUUACAUCAUCCUAGAAGCUCAUCCGUCCAAAGUUACGAGGAAUACCAAACCCAAAAUACCGAAGACCUUGACGAAAACGAAACAGUUACAGAUGGCUACAAAGAGGAUCCUUUCAAACCGCUAGAUAACAUCUGUGAAGACAAUGAGAAUAUCUUGACAAUUCGAGCCGUCGCCGUUGGUGUCGUGUGUGGGUCUUUAGUCAACGCCUCAAAUAUCUACCUGGGCCUGAAAUCCGGAUGGACGGCGUCGGCGAAUCUCUUCGCAUCUAUCGUCGGCUUCGCGCUCCUGAAAUCAUGUCCCGAAUUUCUAAAACAUGUCCCAUUCCUCGCUAGGGAUUUCGGGCCUCGAGAAAACAAUAUUGUGCAAACAGCAGCAACGGCAGCUGGUGGCAUGAGCACUGUAUACAUCUCGACGUUUCCCGCUAUGUAUCAGCUCGGCUUGAUGACGAGCCCUGGGGAGGACUUCUGGAGGCUGGUGUCACUGACUGCAGCUGGAGGUCUUUUUGGUCUUUUCUGUGCUACACCUUUACGGAAAUUCUUCAUCAUCUCAGUUGCUCGGGAUUUGCACCUCGUCUUCCCGACCCCGUCUGCGACUGCAAUCACGAUUAGAAACAUGCAUCAAGCCGUCGGUGGUGGUAAAUCCUCAAUUCCACGGCGGAAGAUGAAAGUUCUCUGCAUUGCGUUUGGAUUCGCUCUCGUGCAUCGUGUCAUGUCUCCGUACGCACCUGGCAUUCUGUGGGAUUGGCACCCUUUUACUUGGUAUCAUGCUUUUGUACCAUCCGAUGCCACCGCCCUUGGUCUUGAAAGCUGGGGGUGGUAUGUGGAGUGGACUCCCGCCUUCAUUGGCACUGGCAUGCUUGUCGGUACCAACGUUGCCACAUAUCACUUUAUCGGUGCUCUGCUUGCUUGGGGUAUUGCAGGUCCCCUUCUUGUCUCCUACGGCUUUGCGUUUGGCACAGAAAUGAAUGGGACAGGACUUGCGUCGUACAUCACGAUUUCUGAUGAGUUCAGCAACGCUGGCCAUCCUAGUCCAAGAUACUGGCUUCUGUGGCCAGGGAUUACUUGUAUGAUUGCAGUUUCUUUAACAGAACUUGCCUGCCAAUGGCGCGUUUUCUGGUAUUCUGGGAAACUCAUGUGGUGCAAUCUUUCACACCUGAUCUCACUUGCCUCUAUGUUAAUCAGAGGUAAGCGGGAGUUACCAUUGGAGAAUAUAGCAAAACCAGACGCCAUUGAAGAUCCCACUUCAGCCGAAGAUCAAAUCAAAACCUGGAUGUGGCUUCCAGGGCUUCUCGUCACCAUCAUUUUGGCUUGCAUGGUGAUGAAAUUUCAAUAUAGCAUGCCUGUCCGUGAGACAUUCAUCGCCUUAUUUAUGGCAUUCUUAUUUUCUUUCCUAGCGGUUCAAUCCACAGGCGCCACAGGUAAGACGCAAGCCCCUACAUUUUGGGUGGAUGUUUGA